UCUGCGCGUAUGGUCACACUAAAACCGACGUACAAAAGCCCGUCCGUAAUUGAGGCAGAAAACAGUACAAAUCCGGAAUAAUAAACAAACGGAUAUAACAUUUUGAAGAUAUAUAAAGAAUAAAGAUGACAGCCGUACCGGGACGAGCCUUGCAUUAUGUUUUUAAGAUCGGAGAUCGGGCGAAGAACGCCUUCUUCUUCCGCCAAAUUCUGGGCAUGAAGGUUCUGCGGCAUGAGGAGUUCAAGGAAGGCUGUGACGCGGAAUGCAAUGGGCCCUAUGAUAAUCGCUGGAGCAAAACCAUGAUCGGCUAUGGCCCGGAGGAUUCCCAUUUUGUGAUCGAACUGACCUAUAAUUAUGGAGUUACGAGCUACGAUAUGGGCAAUGAUUUUGGUGGCGUUACCAUCCACUCCAAGGACAUCCUGUCCCGUGCCGCCCAGCACUCGUAUCCCGUCGGGCAAACCGAGGGCAAACAAGGCAGUCUUUUGACUUCUCCCGAUGGCUAUAAGUUCUACAUCAUCGACCAGUCCCCAGCUGGCUCCGAUCCUGUUCAGUCCGUGGAACUGAAUGUCAGUAGUUUGCAGACCUCGAAGAAAUACUGGCAGAAUCUCCUCCAGAUGCAGCUGCUCGAGGAGAAGGACAAGAGCCUGCGUUUGAGUUACGGCAGCAAGCAGGCAUCGUUGGUGAUCACAGAAAUCUCGGAUCCCCUGGACAGGGCCAAGGCCUAUGGGCGGAUUGCUUUUGCCAUUCCGGCGGCCAAUCAACCGCCACUCUAUGAGGCUGUCAAGGCGGCCGGCACCACGGUAUUGAAGCCAUUGAUUACCCUGGACACACCGGACAAGGCCUCCGUUACGGUUCUCAUCCUGGCCGAUCCCGAUGGUCAUGAGAUUUGUUUUGUGGACGAGGAGGGCUUUGGCGAACUGUCCAAGGUGGAGGUUGAUGGCGAUUCGCGUCUGGACCUCAACAUUCGCAAGGAUCCCUUCCAGCCGAAGUGAUGCGGACUAUGUACCUUAAAGAAAUGGAAUUUAUGUAGACAUACCAUUUUUGUAUUGAUAUUUGCGGUUUAAUUGUUGAUGUUUUCCACUUUUUUUUUAGAAUUUGAGAGAGAGAUAUUAUAUAUACAGGGUGCGAUUAUAUUUUUUGAUCCACCUUCUAUUUAAACAAA